GCGUUAAACGUUGAAUGACGGCGCUUCGCGUUGAAUGACACUUUGCCCAGCUGUUUUCGUUUUUUCAUCGCUUGAAUAAAAAACGUACAAAUAUGGUUGCUGGUGGCGCAUCAGAUACGGGCGGCGUUAAGCCCAUGUCCAUAGCGGGGCGCAUGGUGCGCGAACGCGAGCGCCUCAUCGGCAUGACGCCCGAUGAGCGGGCCUGGCGCAAACAAUGGCUGAAAGAUCAGGAACUGCACCACGGUCCGCGCAAGGUUCCCGCCCUCGAAUUGGAGCUGAACAAUCCCAUCAAGCGCAUCUACCGUGCACCAUUGGAUAUGGUGUGCAAAGCACUGACGCCCGCUCUGGGCUUCCAGCGUGCCUACACCGUGCGUUAUUGGACGGGAAAAGCGCUGCUUGCUUUAACUGGAAUCUACAGCAUUGCUUACUAUUUCAAAUACAAUCAAAAUGAUUGGACGCGUAAGGGCGGCUGGCGUGUGAUAUCCUCUCGCAAGGCUUGUGUACCCGGCGACGAAGGCUUUCCCCGUCUCUCCGAUCGCUCGGCACCGUCGGACUAUGCGGUGCGUGGCUUCAAGCAAUCGCCCAUCUAAGCUGCAGAAACUCCGUUUGAAACGUUUUUUAAAAUUAAUGUUAGCCAAAAAUGAAAAACUCAAUUCUAAAUAAACAUGGAACAACA